ACGCGCUGGAGCUGCUGUUGGUGCGCUCGUGGAUAUCGCCGUCUGUACGUACACGCCGCUUGGAUUUACGCAAAAGAGAAGAUGAAGGCCAUCAGUCCUGUUCGCUCGGUGAGGAGCUGCUACGAGGCUGUGUGCUGUAUUUCGGAGCAGAGUUUGUCCAUCGGCAGGAGCCGGAGUCCGAGCGAGGAGCCGGUUGGCACGCUGAACGACAUGAACGACUGCUACUCCAGGCUGAAGGAGCUGGUCCCGAGCAUCCCGCAGAACAAGUCCGUCAGCCAGAUCGAGAUCUUGCAGCACGUCAUUGAUUACAUCUUCGAUCUCCAGAUCGCGCUGGAAAGCCCUUCAGGAGCUCCGGACAUGCUCAAGGCACUGAAGAGCUCAGAGAUCACGCACAGUCUGGCCAAAGAAAGUGAUGGAGCUCUGUGCCAUUAGAAAAGCGCGCACCAGGAGGUGUUCCAUUAUGGGUGCAGGAUAGAAACUUCUCCACUCAUGGACAAGAAAGAGGGAGUGAAGGGGCUGAACGAACACACACACAGACACAAGGAGUGCGGGCUAUUCAGAGUGUGGGAAAAGAACCUGCACCCCACUUGAACCAUGCAGUCUUUGGUCACUGGACACUUGAACACACCAAAGCUGGAGAUUUCUGAAGUUCGGAUGGAAAGCGCUCUUAUUUUUUUUCUUCUUUUUAAUACAAUCUUUUUUUUUUUCUUGUGAUGCUACAAUCAGGCAUUGUGUAUUGCUGACUGGGAACAUUCCAAGCUAUUAGGAUGACACACACGUAACAUUCCUGAGUUAUUCUGAUUUUCUUUUUGUCUCUCCAGAAAGAACGCUGCAGUGUUUUACAGUAGUUUCCAAUCGAUUUGGUUACAGAGGUCAAAUUAUCUUUAUUUUAAUUCCAUGUAAAUAUUCUUUUUUUUUUUUUUUUUUUUUUCCCCUUAUGAGUUGGGUGUGUAUGAAUGAUAGACAGAUUAUAAUGUGAACUCUAUAAAUAUAGAGUGAAUUGUAAAUGUUUGUGGGGAUUCUACAUUUCUGCAAACGGAAUAUAUGUAUCUGCUGAGUUUUAUAAACUCUUUAUAAUUUUUUAAUUUUUUUUGUAUACAUUCACCUUUUUUGCAUAAUGAAAUAAAUCACUUGGAAAAAACGAG